AUGGGCUCUAUGUCGAAUACCGGGGCGACGCUUCCCGACGCUGUGGUUCCGAAGCGUGAGUCUAGUAUCGAAAGAUAUUCGUCGUCUCCGGCCUCGACCCCAGGGCAGACUGAGAUCGCAGGAGCAGGCUCUGAGCAGCCAUCACUAGAGCCUGCUCCCGCUCCCAAGCGCAAAGGUGGUCGAAAACCCAUCUAUGCGACAUCAGAAGAACGGAAGCAAAGGAAUCGUCAGGCUCAAGCGGCCUUCCGUGAGAGGCGAACUGAAUACAUUAAGCAACUCGAAACAACCAUCCAGCAUCAUGAGGAGACUCUCCAAAAUCUACAGCAGAGCCAUCGUGCGGCUGCCGACGAGUGUUUGAUGCUGCGUUAUAAGAACUCCUUACUGGAACGCAUCUUGCUGGAGAAAGGCAUCGAUGUGCAAGCGGAACUUGCUCUCAAAGGGAGCCCGAAUUUGAGACCCCAUCGCGUACCGCCCGUGACAGGGCAGGCAUCGCCCAUGCAGAAGGCCAUGCUCAAUCGGCAACAGCAAGCGAGACAUCGACCAGCAAUGGCACCUCCAAUCCAGACUGUAAAUUCAUCUUCCCAGGUUGGUGGACCACGCGGGUUCGCAGGCUCACCUGCAACACAGCCUACACCGCCGUCACAGCAUUCCUCUCCUUCCACAGCAAGAUCGCCAGGUUUUGCUCUGCAAGGUGGGAUGGCUUCACCCGCGAAUACCGAUAUGGCAGCUCAGCAAGCUCAGCAGCAACAGCAACAGCAACAGCAACAGCAACAGCAACAACAGCAGCAACAGGCCCGAGCUUUGCAGCAACACAACUCAUUCCCGUCGCAGCCUAGACAUCCCUCACGGGUGACGUCUCACUCGGACAACUCGCAACCCUAUCCGCCUCGAGCUCAACCGAACCAUAUCGUGCAGGAGAACUACUAUCCCGCUGCAUUCCAGAAGCAUUAUACUCAACUCGGCAAGCUGACCCCUCUUCUUUCCCCCCUUCCCUGCUUGUGGAGCUUUGUUCGUCCUAGACUGAAUUCCGUGAGUACAGAGCAGGAAUACGAUGCCCAAGCCGACUUGAUGGAUGACAUGGAUGGCGAUGAUGCCGACAUCGACAGCUUCAUCCCGAAUUUUCGACUGCCUCCUACGUCGUCUACAGCGGGAAUGUCCAUGGGUAUGCAAGCAUCGCCACCCAUGACGACCAGCGCUGUCAGUGAUGGCGGCAGUGGUGUCAUGAUCGAUCCCUAUGAUCCGAUGCUGGAUGCGGAUCCUUUCGGUCUCACCGCCAGCAUGACGUUUCCAAAUCCAUAUACCUAUCCGCCGUCACACUCUCGACGAUGA